UGUGUGUAAAACACACACAUUUCAAUUUGUUUAAUACUGAAGAAUGUCUUCUGUCAUUGUAGAAAUGUAAUUAAUUUUAUGAGUACUAGUGUCCAAAACCACAGCAGUAUUUAAUAAAUAGGAACUAUGAGGAAGGAAGGAGAAACAAGGUUAUUUCAGGAGGAACAGUUAACACUUAGGAAGGAAACACUGUCAAAACUUUUAACUUCUGUAAUGGAAAAGAAAAAUGCACAAUGGACUUCAGAAAUACAUUUAUUCAUUUUAUUGACUGAUUUGUUUGCAAAAUAGUUCACAAAAAUGACAUAGUUCAAAAUAUGGAAUAUAUGCAUUAUUAAUUAUAUUUUAACUCUUUAACUUCACUGUUGCCAGAUGGGAUGAGAAGAGAUAAGUGUCCUGUGCUGCAAAUGGCCUCCUGUUCAACAUCUACUGUUUGCUAGCCUGGAAUCACCUUUGGUGGAAGAAAAAGAUUGGUACACCAAGAUGUUUGACAGAGUCAAGCCAUCUGAUGAAGUUUCUGCUACUUCCACACAAGGAAUGGAAAGACAUGGUAUUGAAGGCUCUCUACGACAGGAUAGUAAUAGCAGUUUACACGCAAGAGGGCAGGAAUAUCCUGGGCCUGGUGUAUCCACUGUGCAAAAUAGACAAGGAUACUGCAACUGCUGCCAUGUACACUACAGUAAUCUUGAACAGCAUAUUUUCAGCUCCCAGCACAGGCAUUUUACCACUUACUGUAGGAGUCGUAUCGGUACCAGUAGCUUGAUGGAGCGUUUCCUGCAAGAUGUUUUGCAGCAUCAUCCCCACAGAUACCAUGACAACAGACCAACCUAUGAUGACAUACCACUCCCGCUCACUCCAGAGGCUGCUGGGAAUACUUGCCUAUCUCCAGAAGAUACAGAGAAAAAUAAUAGAAGCAGACAGGAAGCUUCCAGCGAGGACCGGGAGUCCAUCUGUGAAAGGAGAUCUUCUGCUCGAUGCCUGUCUCACAAAGGCACAAAGGAAACUUCUGUAAUACAAGCACUUAUUCAGAAACUAGAAAAAGAACAGGAACAUACUACAGGAAUAUCUCAGCAGUCUAUGGGCAUUUGUAGCAGUGAAAAAGGGCAUACCCUGAGAGAUACUCCAAUUGCAAAUCAGAGCCAUGAAGGCCAGUUUACAGCUGUGAGCCCAGUACCUCAACAUUUUUCUGUCAGUCCUUUAAUUCAUAGUUCUUCUGUUAAUCCUAAAGUAGUAAAAAAUGUAGAGAACUUGGUGGCAUCAAAUAUGAUUCCACAUAGUGGAUGUGAUAAAAAAAGAAUGAAGGUGUGCAGUAAGGAUGUGUUAUUGAACCCAUCCUUGAAUCCUGCUCUGGCGCUGGUUCACCCAAAAAGCCCUUUGGUUUCACAGCAAAAACCUCUAUGUCAGAAUCUUAUGUGCAGUCCCAGCAAUUCUUUAUGUAUUACCUCAGGUCAAGCUCUAUUAAAACACGAUGGUUUACAAACUCAGGGUGAAACUUUGGUGUCUGACUUCCAUCUCAGGGAUACUGUGGGUAUCAACAGCUGCCCAGAUCUUGGGAUGUCCCCACAGCUAGCAAGAUGCAAAAAAAUGAAGACAAACAGAGAAGAUGAAAGUUCAGUGGAUGAAACUAUUGAAGAUGUUAUUCUGAAGUAUUGCCAUGGAACAACUUUUAAAGAACUACCUUUCAAAGAAGAGAAUCCCUGUUUAACUUUUUCUUUGCUUCUGGACCAUACUCAUUUAGAGGGCUCUGAAGUGAGUUUUAACUGUGAUGCACCUGUUCAGUCAGGAGCAGACUUACCUAAGGCAGCUAUAAAAAGUAUAGAAUUCCUGAAAGAGGUCCAAAUAAAUUUGCAAGAUAAAGACUAUGGAGCACAGCUCUCUUCUGUUUUAAAAAGUGAGUCAAUGGAGCAAAUAGAAGCAGCGAAACAGGAUGUAAUAGUUCAUACGGAAGAACCAGUUCUUCCAGCUCUGCCUCAUGUGCCUCCUUCUUUCGUGGGAAAGACUUGGUCUCAAAUAAUGUAUGAAGAUGAUAUAAAAAUUGAAGAACUUGUGCGUGAUUUCAGGGAAGGUCGUUUUCGCUGCUAUUUUGACAGUGAAUCCUCAGCCAAAUGUGCAGGGAAGGGAAUGAAGAAAAAGCGGAAAGAUGAAAAAAAGAAGGAUACUGUUGAGGGUAAUAGAACAGAAAGUGCGCCGGUUAAAGCACUGCCGGAAUUCAAUGAUGCUUUAAGUGGUGGCUCUGAUUUUGGUAACCCAUCUUUAGCCUCAGAUACACUAUGCAAUCCACAAAUUCUUAAAAUGCCUAGGAAAAGGACAUGGCGCCUGGCUUCAAGAUGCCAGGUGGUUAAAGUCAGCCGUGGCACCCAAACAAGUCUAGUGAACUACCCUGUAGCAAAAAGAAAAAUGACUGGAAGAGAACUUGAUCCAGCUGAUCAAAAAGUAAACAUUGUGUGGCCAGAGAAUGAAAACACUCCGAACAUGAAAACUAGGCUAUGUGCCCUUAAACUUCCUGAGUCUUAUAGCAAGAUUAUGAGCCCUGUACAGCCCAAAACGGUGGUCUAUGUGCUUUCAUGUCCAGAGAUUAAACAAUGUAAAGGUAAACCUACAGAUGUUCCCAAAAUGAGGAGAAAUCGCUGCUCCACAGAUAGCAAGGACUCUAUAAGGUAUAAAUAUAAACAGUGUUCUUUCAAGUAUUAUGACCCACUGACAAAUCGAAUUCUGAAAACGCCUCCUAAGAGUACAGGUGGAGAAAAGACCAAAAAGCCCUCCCAUGUUCGACAGCUUUUCAGGAGUCUCAGCUUUGAUGCAAACACAAAGAAGAGAGAGGGUAUGCCGUCAAAGUCCUUUAAUUGGUCAGACUUCAAUAGUUCACCUUCAGUGUCUUUCCUGCCAGGCCCAAGUAAAGGGAAUGGUACAGCCUCAAGUCAAAAGACAGAUGGAUCUUCUGUUUCCACAGAAAGAUCAGAUUAUCUGGUAUCUGAUCACUCUGAGAACUCUUUCAAACACCUGGCCAUUUCACCUUUGAACUCUCAUCAGUCUCAGGUGGAAGCAGAUGGUAGACUAACUCCAUUUAAGUGUAGAGCUGCCAAAUCCUCUUUGACCUCCAUCAGGAGUGAGCAAUUGGGAAGAGAGAAUCCAAAGGCAAGAUGGAGGAUAAAAGAAGGCCCUAAUAAAGAACCAAAUUUUUCCAAAAAGGCUGCAGGACCUAUGUCUGUCAGAUGUACUGUGAGGAGGAGAGGAAACCGAGUAACCUCAGGCAAACAAACUUCUGUAACUAAAAAACAGCAAAAAGAGGGGAUAAGAAGGAAACUCCCUCCUUGUGCCCAGAAGUCUUCUGCGUUCUCCCUUUGUAGGCACCAGACAAAGAAGACUACAGUGGGAAAGCACCGUAAGAAAGAAAAGCCUGAUGCUAAAAAGUUGAAGGUAAGGAAGAAACCGAAGAGGACCUUUCUGAACUCAACAGUCAUCACAGGGAUUCCAGAAAAGCAGCAGAAAGUCGCACUGGGAUCCUUUCCGAAGAAGCCAGAGCAAACUUCUUCCAAAAUAAGGAGGUGGGAGGUAAGUGGAGAUAGGGGUCACCCUAGCACUGUGAAUCGACCUUCUAGAAGAACCUCUGCUGUACCAUUACUUCGAAACUGUCUUGUCCUACCAGGUGAGAGCUAGCCACCAAAACAGUGACUCUUUUAUAUAGCCAGCACCUGGAAACAGAUUGAGAAAGAGGAAAGUGGGGGGGAAAAGUGGUCAUAGAAAAGCAGCUGAAGUGCUAGAGCUGCAGAAAGUGCAAGCCAGUCUAAUGUGAAACAAGUAUAACUGUAAACUAAGCGCUUGUCCUUGUAAUAUGGGCACAUUAUGUAUUGCACUGUUCUACUGUGUAAAGCUGCAGAAGUUGUGUAUUUGCAUUAAAAGCACUUAGAACGCUAUUUACAAGACUUCACCUAUACAUCUGAAAAAUUACAGGCUUAAAUGGUAUCAUAUUGUUUUUUUUAUGAUAUUACCAGUGCAUAAUAUUGCACUAUAAUAGGGUAAAUUAAGAGCUGUAUUAAUUAGUUGUGCCUAUUCUCAUUUUUUCAUCUACUUCUAAAUAACUCAGUUUUACUGGAAAUUAAAUGAAGAUAUACCAGUCUGGGGUGAAUUAUAUGUAUAUAUUUUGUGUUUGUGUAUAUGCACACCUAAUUCAACACAUAACAUACUUCUUAUGGAGUGGCACUGAAAUUAAUGCAGUAUGAUACAAUUCAGAUCAAUUCAGCGCUUUCAAAAAUACGUAAUUGUACAUGUAUUUAUAUAGACUUCUUUUUCUUUUUCUGAAACCUUGUCCAAAUCAGCUAUUUUGGACAAAAAAAGUCACUGUGGGCUUUCAUCAAGCAAUAAUGGACCAUGCUGGUAAAGAAAUAUGUCUAUCCAGGACAGUGUUCAAAUGGUGGUGGCUAUAAUGAAAUCUCAAAUUCAAAAAGAAAUAUAGGCUUAUUUUUUUUAUACGUUAUUGAUUCAGUUUACCUACAAAUCCCACAUCUCUUAGUGGGGGGGGAAGGGGGAGGAAGGAAGAGGUAUGAUAUGAACAAAUAGCAGUGAUUUGUUCUAGAAUUUCAACCUUAAGUUUGAGUUCCUGAGCUUUUUUGGAUUUUAAUUGGGUGCAUUGUCUAAAUUUUUGUGUACUGUUGUUGAAAAUUUCUUUCUUUUUUUAAAAGGUUGGUAAAAUACUUAAAAUGAAACACAAAGCAAAAUCCACCUAAACUUAUUAAAGCUUCCAUAUUUAAAUAUCUGUUUAAGACAUUUAGAUGAAAUAAUAAUAAAAAAAUCCAUACAAAUUCAUGUUUGGCCAUUGAUGGUCGAACUACUAUGAUGAUACCUAUGGUACAAAAGACCAUAGUUUUUAUUUGAGAGAUGUAACAGUGACAGCCUAUUCUAUUAAGGUGUGCUUAAGAGAUAUAAGCACUAGUCUUGCAGAUGCUUCUGUGCUUUAAACUCAAUAUAAGAUUAACUAUUCAUUUGUAUUGAGUUAAGCAUAUAGUUAAAUAUCAGAAUCGGGGCUUUCAUUUGUAAAUCUACAAUUGGGAGUAUUACAUACAUCUAUCCUGUUUUAAAGGUCUUUUUGGAUUAUAUACAUACGUGAUAAAUCUUUCAGAAUGUAAGAAUAAUGUAUAAAAGACAAGACCCAAGACUGUUCCAUUGCAAAAAAAAAAAAAAAAUCCAGUGAACUUCCCCAUGAACUUUGAUUCAUUUUCUGAAGUGUCCAAGAUCACUAGUUUGAACUGAGAUAAUAGUGGACUUUAAAAUGUUGUUUUAGAUAUAAUAUCUGAAGUAAAUAUAAAAGCUGUCAUCAUAAAACAUUCAUAAUUUAAAAAGUGUUUUGGGUAAAUUCUUGAUGCAUGUGCAUAUUUCCCAUGAUAAAUAAGAUGUGCACAUAGUUAAGCCAUCUGGAAACAAUUCUUUUGCAAAUCAAAUUUAGCCUGACAGCUUUUUUUUAAUAAUUUCAAAAUAAAAGUUGAUUUCCAGGAUGUAUUUUCCAUACAAUUGUCAGUUGACGCAAUCCUAUGACUCUAUCAUAAGUCACUGGAAAACAAAGGGUUAUAAUGAAUUCUUAUCCUGUUAACUAACUGUGCCUAUAUAAUUUAAUAUUUUGUCUAAUAUAAAAUUGAUUUUUUUA